AUGAAAGCAACAGUUGUCGGUCGAAAAAAGAACCCUGCGUUUGACAUCAACGAACAAACAAAAGAAGUUAUUAAAGUUUCAAGGAAACGUUUUCUGCUAGAUUUUGUCCUUCUCUUCAUUUUUGUAUCAAUGGCCAAAGGGGAAAACGCAACAGAAGUUGAACCCUCUGACUUAACAGGUGUUUGGAAAAGUUCCAGGGGUGCAUUUUUGAAGAUUGAAGAAUUACCAAGUGAAGAACUCUCUGCCGUCUUGUUCUUAAAAUCUAAGGGGUUCUUUAACUUAACCGGAAUGAAAUCUCCGGCUACGGAAAAUGGAACAUUUUACCUAAAUACUGCACAAUCCAGCUAUACCGUCGGAAUUGCAGGUCAGUUCUUGAUAUGCAACAAUGGAAUUGAACAGCUACAAGUCGCGCUUCUGCUGGGUAUCAACGCAAAUUGUGAUUUCGACGUUUUCAGCCGUAAUUCAAUUCAUACUUUCAUCCGAGUGGACGACACGAGAAAACUAACAGGAAUAUAUCACACAAAACAUGAACGUGCUGAAGGAACGUCAGGCGGUGGAAUAGAAAGUCUCCACGGUUGGAAGGGAGAUAACUCUCUGUUUACUAUAUCUAUGAUAUGGAACAGAGGAACAUCUGUAACGACUUUACUAGGUAUCAGACGUUAUAAUAUUGAUGAAGGAAUGUGUAUUUUGUGGACUGAUUUUGCGUUAAUCGUUGCUCAAGAUACUUGCACUACUUCUUGGCAGUUUUGUAUUUUCAGUUCUUACAACACAUGGAAGAAAUUGUGGUAA